AUGACCUCCAGAGACGGAUACCAGUGGACACCCAAAACCGGCCUCGUCCAGGGCGUGCCCUCCAUCGGGGUCAUCUCCCCUUGCUCAAACAUCAAAGACAGCAACCGGACUUGGGACGUCAUCGUCGUAGGAGCCGGGUACUGCGGUCUAACCGCAGCCCGCGAUGCCGCAAUUGCCGGUCUGAACGUCCUGCUGAUCGAGGCGCGCGAUCGCAUCGGGGGUCGCUCGUGGUCGUCGAAUAUCGACGGGUAUCCGUUCGAGAUGGGCGGGACGUGGGUGCACUGGGGCCAGCCGCAUGUAUGGCGGGAGAUAUCGCGGUACCAGAUGCGGAACGAGCUCGAGUCCUCGUUUGAUUUUUCCCGCGGGGUGAACCAUUUCCAGCUGCGGACUGGGGAGGAGGAGGAGUCGAGGAUUAUGAGCCAUGCGGAGGAGGAUGCACUGCUCAUCUCCGGGCUGGAGAAGCUGGUGAAUGUGGACGGGGAGAUGGGGCGGAAGAUCAUGCCGUAUGCGCAUGAUACCUUCCACAACCCCGACGCGAGAAAGUACGAUACCAUGUCGGUGCGAGAUCGUAUCAACGAGAUCGCUGCGACGCUGGCUCCGCACGAGCGCGCGACCCUCGAGGCGUUCGUGCUGCUUUGCAGCUGCGGGACGCUGGAGACGACCAGCUUUCUCGAGUUCCUGCACUGGUGGGCGCUGUGCGGGUACACGUACAGAGGGUGUCUGGAUCUGCUCAUCACGCACAAGUUCAAAGGGGGCCAGUCGAGCUUCGCGAUCAAGUUCUUCCAGGAGGCGUUGGGGACGGGCCGGCUCUCGUACGCGUUUAACAGCCCGAUCAAGUCGGUUGUUGAUGAAGACGGAAAAGUGACUCUGACGACAAGAGAUGGCCGUUCAUUUGGCGGUAGAAGGUUGAUCUGCACCGUCCCCUUGAACGUGCUCAAUACCAUCUCCUUCCACCCGGCGCUGGACGAGAAGCGCAUCGCGGCCAUGAACACCGGCCACGUCAACCAAUGCGUCUAG